CGGUCUCCAUGUGUACGAUCAUUCGCUGGCGAACAUGCAACUAGUCAUGCAAUCAGUGACAUCGACGUUGCCUGGUAGCAACAUUGCAGGGACCAGCUAGCGCAUCCAAUCGGCACGCUGCGGGCUGCGAUGGUGCGUGACCAACGAUGAAGCGCUCGGACUCUUCAUCGGGUCUGCAAAUCGUCCUCCGAACACGGGAUCAUUCAGCCAUUUAUAGCCCAGCUUCCCACUCGCUGUCACUACAGUCUCGUCCGAUCGGAACAGGGACUGUCGCUCUCCGUUCCCCUCUGUCCUUGCCGCCGCCAGAGCAAACGGAGAAUCCUGAGGAGUACACAUUCUGCCCAACGUGCUUGCGGCCAUGGAAUGGCUCCCGAGUCGCUGGUAAUGAUGGAACGCUUCCCUUUGAGCCAUCGUCUACCGCGCCUCAUUACUUUCGCCUCUUGGCGCAGGGGCCCGUAAUUGACGAAGGUAGCAGCGUCGGCACGACCCGGCCUGGCACGCCGGUCGACUGUGGCGGCAUCUUUGACGAGAAUGCUGGAGCGCAAGGGUACUACAAUAAGUUCUUCAUUGAGCUGCGCAAGCUCGGCCGUGGGGGCUCGGGGCAAGUCUAUCUGUGCCAGCAUGUCCUCAACGGGAACAAGCUCGGCACUUAUGCCGUCAAGAAGAUACCAUGUGGCAGCCAAUCUGACCAUCUACUCGAAAGCCUGAAGGAAGUCCACAUGAUGGAGGCGCUACAGCACCCGAAUGUGAUACACUACCAACACGCGUGGAUCGAAUCUGCGCGGCUGGGGCCUUUUUCGCCCGUCGUGCCUACGUUGCACGUGUUGAUGAUGGCCGCGAACGGCGGGUCCCUGGCAGACUGGAUUUACCUGAGAUCUGGACACAAAGUGGAUUCUCCUCAACCAUCGGGAAGAUCCUCUCCAGCGCCCGUGCCAGACCGAGCCCGCGCUGAGAAGCUGAAAGCAGCAUUUCGCCGACGCAAUGCAGCGAAAAGAAAGCGUGGCCAAGGGCACCUUUCCGAGGAUACCCCCGCUGUGCAUCUCUUACGGGAGGACGAAACGAUCAGCUUGAUUCACGACAUUGCGUCCGGUCUCUCUUUCUUGCAUUCGAGAGGUAUUCUCCAUCUGGAUCUCAAGCCAGCCAAUGCGCUGCUGCACUGGGACGAAGACGCGCUUAUCCCUCGCGUUCUCAUCUCUGACUUCGGCUCGAGCGCGUUCUUGAAAGAUAGCUGGAUGCGCAGACGCUCGGGACAUACGGGAACUAUGGAGUUUAUGGCGCCCGAAACGAUUCGUGUCGACCCAAGGACUGGUCAGCUGCAGGAGCUGUCCCGCAAAGCCGAUAUGUGGUCUCUUGGAAUGAUACUGCAUUUGCUGCUGUACUUCAAGCUGCCGUACUCGCAAGUAGAUGACGUUGAUGUCUUGCGCGAGGAGAUGCUUGCGUACACAGGUUGGGCUGCUCGCCCGGAAGUACCAUUCACGCACACCGAUUCCAGGCUGUUGCCACUUCUCCGAGACCUGCUGAACAUCGAUCCGACCAAGCGGCCGACAUCCGAAGAGGUUCUCCAACGCCUCGCCGCGAUAAGUGCAUCAUCAUCUAAGCCCGAGCAGCGCAAGCGAUCUGCUUCAGCAGGCAAGAGGGAAGCCGAGAUUGCGCGAAGUUCGAGCCUAGAUCCGACGCACCCCAUUUUUACGCGCCGCCUGAGCCUGUCUCCACCAGAAUCCUCCGCUGGCCCCCUCAAGCUCCUGUUGCCGUUCGCCCUGACACCCAUGCUGCGGCGCGAGUAUCCCGUGCUUCUGGCGGGAAGUCUCUUUCUCGUGAAGUACGCAAUGCUUGAUCUUGCAUGCGGUUCAAUGAGCCGGCCGCGCAAAUGGAUCGCAUAUAGCACACUCAUCAGUGGAAUUGCCGAGUGCAUGAUUGCAGCACAAGCUUACCGAAAUGCUCGUACCGGCACCCUCAACGGCGCCUUGGCGCCAUAUCUGUCCGUCACUCUGCUUGUGGUGCAUACGGCGCUUCUCGCAUUUCGUCGCACGUGCUGUCUGUAAUUCAUCAUCUUCAUUGUAGCCUACAAAUCAGCUCACGUUUUGGAUCUGUU